AUGGACAUCCUGCUCUCUCUCCCCAUCGUCUCCUACUUCCUUGCUCCUUCAGUAACAUCCUGGACAACCUCCCUUAACCUCCUCUUCUUCUAUAUGACCUGGACGACCCUCGUCCUCUCCCACGGGCCCCUCAAGGUCCAACUUCUCGGCACUCUCGCCAUCCGCCUCGCCCUCUGGCUCCUCCCUUCCCUCGCCUUCCUCCUUUUCGACACCCUCAUCCCCUCCAUCGCGGAAUCCAUCAAGACCGCCGGCGCCUCCGCCCUCCCGCCCGCCCACGGCCCGACUCUCCUCAGGACCCUUCUCCUGGCCCUCUUCAACCUUGCUCUGUCCGCCGGCGUCGAGGGCGGCGUGAGUUCCGCUUACGCAUCCCUCUUCCACGAGCCACUCUUCCGCGCCUCCACCGCCCUGCCCCUGCCCUUCCAGCUCAUGAAGCACAUCGCGUUCCUCAUCGCCGCCCGUGAGGUCCUGACCUACUACAUCCACACGCGCGUCCUCCACGCCCGCGCCGGCGGCCGUCUCUCGCGCCUCACGCCAGCUCGUAUCGGCAGGCUUCACGACUCAUACGCCCACGCCCGCGACGCGCCGCCCUUCUCGCUGAUGCUCUUCGCCGACCACCCGCUCCCCUUCCUCCUGCACCGUAUUGUGCCAGGCUUCCUCCCGGCACUGGUCCUGCGACCGCACCUGUUGACGUACUUCCUGUUCGUCGGACUCUGCACUGUCGAGGAGACAAUGGCCAUGUCCGGAUACAGCGUCAUCCCGGGGAUCGUGAUGGGCGGUAUCACACGGCGGACGGCGAUCCACUACGCCGGCGGGGGACGCGGGAACUACGGCGCGUGGGGCGUGCUGGACUGGGCGCACGGGACGAGCCGGGGACAGGACGUCGUUGACGACAUGCGCGCCGAGGCGGAGAAACACCGCGUUAAAGAGAGGAGCGAGAAAGCCGCCAGUAGUGGGGCCGGUUUCGUGCAGAAUGGGAUUCAGGAGUUCAGGAAGGAUCGAGGCCGUAAAGCGAAAAAGAGUGGUUGA